AUGCUACAUUAUAGCUGUGGCGCUUUUAAUGAUAGUAUGAGUAAUGGAUUAUAUUCGUUUACAAAUCCAGCUUUCGUCUCAUUCGCUGGCUACUCUACGGCAGCCGUUUUGAAAAUGUUCGGCAUUGCCGCCUAUACUAUUGGACAACGUUUUCGAACAAAAACAUUUGCCACACCAGAAGAUGAUGUGUACAAACAAUUAGUCAGCAGCUUACUCGGUAGCGAAAGUGGAUUAGAUGGAGGUAGUGGAGCACGUGGUAGAGGGAGAGAUUGCAUGAAUGCUGUUGUUGAACGAGUUCGCGGUAAUCAUUUAAACGAUUUAGAAAACAUUAUUCCGUUUGUUCUUAUUGGACUAUUUUAUGUGGGAACACAACCAAAAUAUGAUUGUGCCCUAUGGCAUUAUCGACUAUUUCUACUUUCGAGACUAGUACAUACUAUAGCUUAUCAAGUACCGUUACCACAACCAACAAGAACGUUGUCUUGGCUUAUCGGAUAUGCAACCACCAUCUCAAUGGCUCUUCGAGUGUUUAAAAUAAUCAUUUAUUAG